ACCGAAGUGAAAAAGCAUUUAUCGCUUUUCGAACGUUUAAAAACUUUUUUAAGCUUAUACUCAGUUAUAUUAGAUAUAAAAUGGCUAAGAGCAAAUACGAGUAUGUGAGGAAGUUUGAGCAGAAUGAUAAUUGCCUUCUAAAUUGCUGGAUAGUUGUUAGGAUCGAUGGAAGAAAUUUUCACAGGUUCUCUGAUGUCCAUGGAUUUCAAAAGCCAAAUGACUCGAGAGCUUUGAAGCUAAUGAAUCAGUGUGCAAAAGCUGUUAUGGAGGAGUUUGGUGAUAUUUUGCUAAGCUAUGGUCAAAGUGAUGAAUACAGCUUUGUGUUUAAAAAGAGCACCACCCAGUUCAGUCGGAGAGCAAGCAAAAUCACAACAAAUACAGUUUCUCUAUUUGCGGCAUCAUAUGUGUUUCACUGGAAGACUUUCUUUCCCGACCAACAACUACAAUACCCACCCAUGUUUGAUGCAAGAGUUGUCCUGUACCCUAGUGAUAAAAAUUUAAGAGAUUAUCUUAGCUGGAGACAAGCUGACUGUCACAUAAACAAUCUUUACAAUACCUGUUUCUGGAGUUUGGUAAAUCAAGGUGGCCUAACUCAGACAAAAGCUGAAGAGAGACUCUGUGGAACAGUCUCAAGUGAUARGAAUGAGCUCUUGUUUUCUGAAUUCAAUAUUAAUUAUAAUAAUGAGCCCCAAAUGUACAGAAAAGGAACUGUUCUAAUCAAGGACAAUGAUCAAGCUUGUAAGGUUGAAAGUGACUCUUCAGAUAAGCCUGUACAAACUGAAAACCAUCCAGACCCACCACAAAAUAAAAAACAAAAAUCAAAACAGACCAGUCUAAAAGUUACAGCACACCACAUAGAUAUCAUUGGGGAUCAAUUUUGGGAAGAUCAUUCUGAGAUAUUAAACAGCUGACAAUAAGAUAGCCAUUUUAAUAAAUUCACAUUGAUAUUUAUUCAACUGUUUUAAACCAAACAAAACUGUUUUAGACCAAAUCUCAUUUAUAGAUAUCUAUGAAUUUUAAGAGCUAGUACAUUACUCGUUUUGGCUCAAUAAAUUCAUUCUAAGAUGUUUCUCAUUUAUCAAGUAAAGUGCAUUCUGUCCUAGCAUUGAUAUGAACAAUACCAUAAUUUAUUUGCCACAAGGUUAGUAAUACCAGAAGCAGGAGCAUGACCACCCCUGUUUGACUAAAAUUGUAAAUUUUCCUAGUAUUUUAUUGGGCUACCUGUGAAUAUCACAGGAGUUUUCACCAAAACCAUGGAUGUGAUCACCCCCCCAACUCUGGUACUCUUGCUAUGCCACUAACCAGAAGGCUUUUUUAUACCAUUCCAUAACAAACAUGUGUACCAGUAAAAGAUGAUUUUAAUGAA